AUGGCUACCGCGGCCUCACCCCGCCAGCUCGAGCUUGAGCAACUCACCUCCUCGUGCCUCCCCUCCUGUCCGCAACAUCCGGCGUACUCGCAGUACACAAUGGCCGAUUUCGCUGGCACCAUCUUCCUCUUCUUUGUCCAGGUCCUACCGGGGCUGCUCUAUUCGGUCAUCACUUUUACCACUAUCACCGUGCCGACAGCUCUGUUCACCCUCUUCUCCAUGAGCUUGACCUUCACGAUGAAUUUCACGACCUUACUCUUAAUAACCCUCUUCCUCGUCUCGACCAUUAGCUGGUUUAUCCGCUAUCGAUUCCUGAAUAUGUACGCCCACCUUCCGCCGGAACCUCAGCGGCAGGAACCUCAGAUAGAUCUUUUUCCGGACACCCAAGAGGGAGACUCAAAGCCGGGCCUAGCCAAUUAUUUAGAUGAAUUUUUGAGUGCCAUAAAGGUCUUCGGUUACCUGGAGCGACCGGUUUUCCAUGAGUUAACCAGAACGAUGCAGACGCGGAAGCUUAUUGCGGGCGAGACCCUCUUGCUAGAAGAGGAGAAGGGUUUCUGCCUUGUGGUUGAUGGCCUUGUACAGAUAUUCGUCAAGUCGGCUAGGGAGCGUGGUAAGGAUGGAGAGAGCUCUGUAGAAGAUUCGAUGGAAGAAGAUGACGAGCAGCACCGCCACCACCAAGGGUAUCAAUUGUUGACCGAGGUGAAGAAUGGCGCAUCCAUGUCCUCUCUUUUCUCCAUACUAUCUCUAUUCAGCGAGGAUGUGAAGCUCCGCUAUCAGGAGGGGGGAGAGCCUAGUUCGUCCAGCCCUGUGAGCCCUACACCGUUUGCCGCUAGUAGUCCUCGAUCUUCCUUCCAAGACCGCAACCAUCACCACCGCGACAUAUCCCUCCAAUCCAACGGCGGACGUCUUCCUACAGUCCCACCCAUGACACUAGAUGAUACCACUUCCUCUGCUCAUUUCUCUACCGCCCACACCCCACCAACUUCCUCGGCACAGAAUCGGCGUAUUCCUAGACGCUCAAGAACCAACUCCAUUCAUCCAGACAUAGUUGCCCGCGCUGUGGUAGAUACCACCAUUGCCAUCAUCCCAGCCAGUGCAUUCCGCCGCCUUACUCGACUGUAUCCCCGUGCCACAGCGCAUAUUAUACAAGUCAUUCUGACUAGACUGCAACGUGUGACAUUUGCCACGGCUCAUUCAUAUCUUGGCCUCACAACAGAUGUCUUGAGUAUAGAGAAGAAAAUGAACAAAUUCACUUCUUUUGAUUUGCCCAAUGAUCUCCGUGGAGCUCCACUGGAUAGACUCAAACAGAAGUUCCAGAGAGCAGUGCAGCGUCUUGGGCCCGAAGAAGGCUCGAAGGGAAUUGCUCUACAUAACCCGGGUGUCAGUAAUAGGCGGAGGUCAAGUAGCUCUCUGCGCAAAGAUGCUUCAUUACGGGCCAAGGUGUCUGCCGCAAAUGGUCAGGCGGCAGCCUCCCCGAGCCCCCCUAUCAUGGAUAGAGAGGCCUCAGGUAUUAGUCCGGGAGAUUUACUUUCCACUAUUCAGCUAUCUAGAUUUGGUCCACGCUAUGGCAACGACCGCCGACUUGCCGCACGAAGCACUUUUCACGACUCAAGCUCAAAUCCUGGGAUGAAAACUCCGAUGCAUGCUUCCCCUGAUUCCAGCUCCCCGGGAAACUCCCUCUUUAACUCUCCGGCCACCGUCCAUGUCAACGAAGAUAGUGCUUUCCGUGAAUCGAUACUCGACUGCAUGGUGAAGGCGCUAGGGCUGACAGCAACUACCCAGGAAGCUCUUCCUCUUCCCAAAGGCUUUGGGUCAGCCGAUGGCUCUCCGCAUCUGGUUUCAUACGACUCACGGAAGCAAAAAGCAGUGUUUAACAAUGCGUUUGGCUACAUAGACCCGUAUGAGGCGUUUGGGGAUGGUGAUUCGGAAUCUCAGAUGAGCAUUUCUGUUACAAGCACGGGCGGGACGCCACCGAUAGCCAACCUGAAGGCUGAACUGAGCAAUGAGAUCGAGAUAGUCUAUUUCCCCAAGGGGUCGGUUUUAGUAGAGCAGGGAGAGCGCAAUCCAGGCUUAUACUAUGUUAUUGAUGGGUUUUUGGAUGUUGGUAUCCCAGUCAAUGACAAGGGAGAAGAUCUGAUAGGUCCAUCCAAGCGUGGCAUCCACCCCACGGAACCAUUACUGCCUCUUCGAAGACCUCCAGGAAUGCCCCAGAGUAAGGCGUCUACACAAAAUCAGAGGAAGAAAGCCUCCCGUCGGUCGCUAUACAUGGUCAAGCCAGGUGAUUUAGAGGGGUACAUCGGCUCCAUAACUUCAUAUCGGUCUUUCACCGAUGUCACCGCAAAGACGGACGUGUAUGUCGGCUUUCUACCGCGGAUAUGUCUUGAAAGAAUUGCUGAUCGGUACCCUCUCGUUCUUCUCUCAAUGGCAAAACGACUAACCGAUGUCCUCCCUCGUCUGCUGCUACAUAUAGAUUUUGCCCUGGAAUGGGUUCAGGUCAGCGCCGGCCAGGUCAUCUAUCAUCAAGGGGAUGAGAGUGAUUCUAUCUACAUAGUUCUGAAUGGACGUCUACGAUCAGUUCUUGAAUCUGGUGAUAACAAAGUAAGCGUUGUUGGCGAGCAUGGACAGGGCGAAAGUGUGGGCGAGCUCGAAGUUCUGACUGAAACAACUCGUCCUGCCACUCUACAUGCCAUACGGGAUACAGAACUAGCGAAAUUUCCGCGCUCACUUUUCAAUAGCCUUGCACAGGAGCAUCCUGGAAUAACUAUACAGGUAUCGAAGCUGGUUGCUCAGCGUAUGAAGCACCUCAUCAACACCAAGCUACUUGAAACUGGGGGUGAAAACGCUCAUGACGAAGCAAGCAGCCUUACAUCGACAUUAAAUCUAAGGACAGUCGCAAUCCUUCCGGUGACAUCAGGGAUACCAGUUGUAGAGUUCGCAAGCCGCCUUCUUAGCGCAUUCAACCAGAUAGGAGUUCCCGACGGGGUCGCCUCUUUACAUCAGGCGGAUAUCUUUAAUCAUCUAGGACGCCAUGCAUUUAACCGAAUGGGCAAGCUAAAGCUUUCACAAUAUCUCGCUGAUCUUGAAGAGCGCUAUGGUAUGCUUAUAUAUGUAGCUGAUACCAGUGUCAACGCCCCAUGGACGCAAACCUGCAUUAGCCAGGCCGACUGCAUUCUUCUAGUUGGCGUUGCUGGGGGCUCACCCAGUAUCGGCGAAUACGAACGCUUUCUCUUAGGGAUGAAGACGACAGCAAGAAAGGAGCUAGUUCUGUUGCAUGCAGAACGAUACUCACCGCCUGGUCUUACAAGACAAUGGCUUAAAAACCGCAUGUGGAUUAACGGGGGACAUCAUCAUAUUCAGAUGACAUAUCGUGCUACCCCUGAACCCGCCCUGCCACAAAUCAAAAGAUUUGGCACCGUUCUUAAACAACGUGUGCAGGUUAUCCAGGCUGAAAUACAAAAGUAUACCUCCCGAAGGAUCCGCCAGGAGCCUUUAUAUUCGGCAACGACACCGUUCAAGGGCGAUUUCCACCGGCUAGCACGUAGAUUAUGCGGCAAGUCAGUUGGUUUGGUUCUCGGAGGUGGCGGAGCUCGUGGGAUUGCCCAUAUAGGGGUUAUCACGGCCUUGGAGGAAGCUGGAAUUCCAAUUGAUAUAGUAGGCGGCACAUCGAUUGGUGCAUUUAUUGGUGCGCUCUACGCCCGGGAUGCAGAUGUGGUGCCUAUGUAUGGCCGAGCAAAGAAAUUCGCAGCCAAGAUGGGCAGUAUCUGGCGUUUUGCACUGGAUCUUACAUACCCAUCCGUCUCCUACACAACCGGCCACGAGUUCAACCGUGGGCUUUUCAAGGCGUUCACUGACAGCCAGAUUGAAGAUUCGUGGCUUGAGUUCUACUGUAACACCACAAAUAUCAGCCAGUCUAGAUCAGAUUAUCAUUCUUCCGGCUAUGUAUGGCGCUAUGUACGUGCAUCAAUGUCACUAGCAGGCCUCCUUCCGCCGCUCUGCGACGAAGGUAGCUUGCUUCUCGACGGUGGAUACGUGGACAACUUGACCGUUUCACGCAUGAAAUCUCUAGGUGCGGAUGUGAUAUUUGCUGUCGACGUGGGUGCCAUCGAUGACAACACGCCACAGGUAUACGGCGACUCGCUCUCUGGGUUUUGGACAGUUCUCAACAGAUGGAAUCCAUUCACGGGCGUUCCUAACCCGCCUACGCUAUCCGAGAUACAAGCCCGUCUUGCCUAUGUCUCGUCCGUGGACGCACUUCAGCGGGCGAAAAACACCCCAGGCUGUCUUUAUAUGCGCCCGCCAAUUGACUGCUACGGGACCCUGGAAUUUAGCAAAUUUGAUGAAAUAUACCAAGUAGGCUACCAGUAUGGAAAGGGAUUCCUAGAGAAGCUCAGGAAAGAAGGGUCCCUGCCAAUGCCAGAGGAGACCGAAGAGAAGAAAAAUAUGCGGAGAACCAUGGCACCAAGACGUGCAAGUAUUUAA